AUGGAGUGCAAUAAGGAUGAAGCAGUACGAGCAAAAUCUAUAGCCGAGGCCAUGUUGGAGCAGAAGGACUACACAGGCUCAAAACAAUUCGCUCUCAAAGCCCAAACAUUGUAUCCUGGGCUCGACGGCAUUUUGCAGAUGGUAACGAUCCUUGAUGUGUACAUGUCUGCCGAGAGGAAGAUAAACGGGCACAUCGAUUGGUAUGGGGUGCUCGGUGUGGACCCCACGGCUGAUGACGAUACAAUCAAGAAAAAAUACCGGAAAUUGGCCCUCAUCUUGCACCCAGAUAAGAACCGCUCGGCCGGUGCAGAGGACGCAUUCAAGCUCAUUAACGAGGGAUGGACUGUGCUCUCUGAUAAGACCAAGAGGUUGGCCUAUGACUUCUUCAAGAGUUAUACUAUGCAGGCUCCUAUGCAUGCCGGUGGCCCAUCAGUAUUACAUGCUAGUGGCCGAGGGCCUUCCACAUAUCCAGCCCAUGCUGGUGGCCCGUGGCCACAAUAUGACAGCUGGUCUGCCCAAACUGGUGGUUCAUCGGCCCAUGCUGGUGGCCCGUGGCCACAUUAUCACAGCUGGUCUGCCCAAACUGGUGGUUCAUCGGCUCAUAAUGGCGGCGAGUUUGCCCAAACCGGCAGUGCAUCAGCCCAUGGCAGGCCACCAACCCAAAACAGCUUUUCGCCCGAACCCUCCAUGGAAAGCCCAUUUGCAAAAUUUCUGAACAGAAAACCUCCAGCUCCUAAAGCAUCGGCUCCAACACCGCCAAAUAAGAGGUCAAAUGCAAAGGUGGCACCUUCCAAGCCAUCCUCUUCUUCGUCCAGUCCAAAAGUCCAGACCUUUUGGACCAUCUGCAGUGUCUGUAAAAUACAGUAUGAGUAUGACGUGAUUUACCGUGAUAAAACCCUCUUAUGCAUUGAGUGCAAGAAGCCAUUUUUAGCCACAGUGAUACCUCGUCCAGUCAGACGAGGGCAGCCCUGCUCGAACGCUGGCAACAACCCUCCACCAUCUGUUAAAUCUGAAGUGAACAAUUCCCCUACUCCACUGUCUGAUACUGAUAUGGGACAGAAUAAUGCUUUCAACACUUUGAACUCGGAAGCGGGCCCGAACGUGUCCGUGUCCCAGGCAGCCCCACCACCUCCCACAUCGGAUUGUCGCAACAAGGGAAAGAAUUUUGCUUCGGACCAUAAAAAAUGGGGACCAGAACUGACGGACCCGGAUCUCUUUACGUACCUAACUGCUGCACGGCCCGUGCAGAAUGGUCCCAGCCUAAGAAACCAUGCCGUUUCGAAUGGUCAAAACUUGGGAACUGGGCAAACCGACCAGAAUGUUCCUAUGGAUGGCCAAACUCUGGACCAAAAUGCCGACCUUGGGAGUCCAAACGAAACACCCGUGUCUCGUGCCAGAACGCUGAAGCUACGCAAGUCAUGCGGCCAGGGGCUGCUCGUGCAACUAGUCAAGAAGAAAAGAAGUCCGGUGGGUACCGCGGCCGGAAAGAAAAAGAAAAUGGAGAGAAGCAACCACAAGGGACCGAGCAAAAGGACGAAGUUGGGGGAUGACAGCAUGGACGAGAAAUACUCGGGGGCAACUAUGAAUGUCCCGGACCCCGACUUCUACAACUUUGACCGGGACAGGUCCGAGCGGUCGUUCGCGGGAAACGAAGUGUGGGCCACGUACGACGAUGAGGACGGGAUGCCCCGUCUGUACGCGAUGGUCCACCGGGUGGUGUCGAGGAGCCCCUUCGAGCUGAAGAUGAGCUGGCUCAACUCGAAGACGACCUCCGAGUUCGGGCCCCUCGACUGGGUCGGGUCGGGGUUUUCCAAGACGUGCGGGGAGUUCCGGGUGGGGAAGUACGAGGUGUGUAGGUUCGUCAAUGCCUUCUCUCAUAGAGUGAGGUGCUGGACGAGGGGCCCGCGUGGGGCUGUUGUGAUAUUCCCGGAAAAGGGGGAUGCGUGGGCUUUGUACAGGAACUGGUCGCCCGAGUGGGGCCCGGAGACUCCCGAGGAAGUGGUCCACAAGUACGAUGUGGUGUCGGUGGUGGAGGUGGGGGAGAGUGGUGUGACUGUGAGCAGGCUAGUGAAGGUGGCUGGGUACAGGACGGUGUUUCGGCCGAGUGGGGAUGGAGAGCGGAUAACGAGGGAGGAGAUGUUGCGGUUUUCACAUCAGGUGCCACAUCAUCAGCUGGCAAGAGGGGAGGCUCUGGAAGGGUGUGUGGAGCUCGACCCGGCGGCUCUGCCGAUGGAGCUUCUGGAGCGGAUGCCAAAGGAUGGCGGUGAGGGGCUGAGCAGUGGAGAGGGGGGCGACUGA